UGUUCUUUUCUUGUAGAUUUUCCAAAAAACACAUUCCAAUAAACCUGACACCAAAAUUUACCACCGAUAUGGUCAACAUGUAUUCAAAGGUGUUUUGAAAUGAAUACCAAACGCUAAAUUAAGAACAUGGAAUGUCCACAAAUUUCCAGGCGAACAAGUUAAUCAACGAAAGAGAUAAUGAAAUAAUAAGUGAACAAUUAAAGCAGCUUAAGAGGAAAGAGAAACGAAGACAUUGAAUAAUAUUUGUGUAAAAAUAAUAACCAACAAACAAUUUUGUUACUAACAGUAGGAAAAGAUUUGAAAAUUUUAAAUUAAGGCGGGAAAUUUGAAAAGUUUAAUGUUAGAAAGAAACGAGCUAUAAUUUUCAUUUGGAUUUAAAGUUUUUUUUUAACAAAAUGUUGCUGUUUAAAACAAGAGUCAAGGCCCUUAGCUCGGGCUGGUGGUUAGCCAUUUUAAUUAUAUGCUUUUCGAUAAACAACAAUCAAGCAGCAGUAAUAAAAAAACGUGACAACACUGCUGUAAACGAAUCUGGCAACUUUGUUUUAGACACUGCAGCACAACCCACCAUUUUAACGGCUUUAAAUAAUGCAAGUGAAGUUGUCAGCACAACUAAACUGCAAUCGGUGGAGGGCAUGAAUUUUGCUUCCAAAGAAACCUCCAAGGAAUUAACCAACAAUGAAAUUUUAAUAAAUGAAGCCAAAAAACUCUUAGAGGAGGAAGAUAAAAUUAUUAAUUUAAAUAAAAAAGAAGAAGUGGAAGAAGAAGAAAAAACUGAAGGAAAUGUUAAGGAUUUAGAAGAACAAAAUGUUUUAUUGAAAAAUAAUACUGGAACACAAAAUAAUCUGCAAGAUAUUAAAGAAAUUAUAAAGCAAUUGGAAACUAAAGAACAAAAUUUGGAAGAGGCCACCAAAACCUCCACAGAAUUUACCAGUAAUGAUAUUAAAAUAGAUAAAAUACCCCAGUUAAAGGAGCAAACUUUGGUGCAAGAGGAAGGUGCUAAGGAUGAAGGGGAAUCGGAAGCUAAAUCCUAUGAAAAUAGUUUAAAAUUUGAACAUGAAAAGCCUCAGCCUCCCAGCAGAAUCUUAACAGAGUUGAGAACUGAAACAACCACUAAAAAGUCCAAAGUUUUGGAAUCCCAUGGGGAAAAUAGUAUAGAAAAUAGCAAGGAAUUAAAUAAAAAUGUUUUAGUAGAGGAAUUUAAGGAAAAAUCUGCUGCAAUAAAUAACAACCAUAAUGAGUCACAGGUUAAAGUUAAAUUAAUUCCCUUGGAAACCUCCACCGAGGAAAAUGUGAAGGAAAUUGCAAAAUCUAAUAGUUUAGAUAAUAGCAAACACCAGGAGGACAGCAAAAGCAUAGGACCCGUAGAGACAACAACUGUUAAAAUGGUGACAGAAACUUCCACUUCAGUAGCUGAGGUUACGGAAAGUUUGGAGGUUUUAGAAAUGACCACUUUAAGUCCUUUUAUGGGCGAAGAGAACACAAAAGAACAGCUAACAAAUAAUAUACAAGAUGGCUUAGAUCGGGAAGUGUUAAUUAAAGCAAAUGAACUGCCGCAAACCACCCCGGAAACCAGCACUUUAGAGACAUUGAAAAAUGAAUCAGAUUUAUUAAUAUUUGAGGGUAAUAAAAAGGAAUAUGCUAGAUCUAUGUUUAAUAAAGAGGAAGAAGAAACUACUACCUUCAAUUCACAAGAAAAUAAAGAAGAUAUUCUAGCUAUAACCACCUUUAGGCCCGCGAUAAAUCUCAAUAAAGAGCAAGAAGUAGUUCAAGGUAAUGUAAAACAGCAAAUAGAGGAUGUGUCCGUAAAUCUUAAAGGAAAGACAGGCAAAUUUAUAAAUGACAAUUCCACAAAUGCCCAACAGUUAAAUUUACCCAACAAUGCUGAGGUAUGGUCUUUGGCAGCCAUGAAAUCCCUACCCAAAGCCGAAGUUACCUUGGAAACAGCGCCGGCGCAUAAUCACAGCCAGGAGUUCAAGGAAAAUCUGCUACAGCUACACAAUUCCUCAUUAACAAUGAGUAGUAAUAGUGAAAAGAAUUUACUAGAUUGGUCACAAAUAAUGAUGGAUAAGGAAUUGUCCACAACAACCAGGAAUGAGGAAAAGGAAAUGGAAAAAGAAAGAGAAGAAAAUCAUUUAGAUACAAAUGAAAGGAUAAAGCAAAGUAUUACAACAACCUCUAAACCUUUUGAAGAAACAACAACUGAGUUAAGACUACAGGUUAGAGAAGAAGAGGUUACCCUGGCACCAGAAACAAUCUCAGUUACUACUUUAGAAACAAUCUUAUCUCUGGCGAAUGAUAAAAACAACAAUGAAACUGAUAAAAGCCCUGAGAUAGAUAAGAAAAUUGAAGAAAAUAUGAAUAAUCAUUUGGAAAUGGUAACGGAAACUCUAGACGUGGCCACAACAUCAAAAACAACAACUAAUAAUAAUGCUGCAUUAGUGGACAACCACCCCUUGAAUGCAACGCUGAACAUUGAACCAAAUUUAAAUGAAAUAAACUUGACUUUAAAACAAAAGCAAAAAGACUUAAAUAAUAAUAAUAAUAAUGAUGAUGAUAAUGAUGAUAGUACGAUAGCAGCUGGAAAUAUAAAAAACUUAGACCUGGAGACGACGACAGCCGAGACGUUGGCGUCAACGACUGAAGCAACAGCUGUUGUUGCUGAUAUCACCACAACAGUUGAGCAAAUUUCCAGUGAGACAACAACAGUUAGUACGCUAGAGACUAGCAAACAAAACGCAUCGUUAAAUAACGACGCCAUUCAACAAAUCCCAGAAACAACAACAACAAAUAAUAAUAAUUAUAAUAACGUAAAUUUAAAUGAAACUAAUUUUUCCACACAAACAACAACAGUGACGGUGUCAACCGCUUUACACGAGGAAUUUGAAAAUAACGAGAAUAUUACAGCUAAAAAUCAAUAUAUAAAUAUUGAAACAACAACAACAACAACCGUUUUACCUAUUACCACAUUUAGGCCAAAUAUUUUGGCAAUAACCUCCUCUACUACUACCUCUACGAAAGCCCCUAAUUUUGAACAGGAAGUUGACCAAAAUGGCAACGAAAUUCAAACAAAUUUAACGACUAACAACGAGCCGCCGCAACAAAAACAAUCAAUAACAACAACAAAAGUUGAAUUAGACGACAAUAAUUCUACGAAAACAAUUGAAACGCAUUUAGCGGAAAGCAGAGAAUUUGAAACGACCACCAUAUUAGCAGCUAAAUCAACAGAAACAGAAAAUACUCUAACGUCUUCAAUAGAAACAACUACGUCAUCCUCUAAAGACGUAAACAAUCUAGAGACAACAACCCCUAAACUAGAGGAUGAAACCACAAUUGGGUCAUCAGCACCUGUCGCCACAAACGAAGAAUUAGAGAGAAAGGAAAUUGAAACUGAAACAGCAACAACAAUAACAACAGAUACAACAACAACUACUACUACAGAAACCAACAAAACACCUGUUGUUGUUAUUGAAACAAAGCCGAAUGAAAACUUGGCAUCCACUACAACAACAACAGCAACUACAACUAGUAGCACAGAAGAAAACGUAAUUGCAACGACAACUGCAAAGCAGGAAAGCAACAUAAAGGAAGUUUUAACUUCUCAAGAAAAAGAUGCAAAUAUAGAUACAACAACAAACAGCAGCAACAUGACAACAACAACUAGCACAAUAAUGUCAGUAACAGCGGCCAAAGAUGAAGAGACCUUUAUAAGUUUAUUAGAUGAUACAACAACACAAACUUACUCUCCCACCACAAUCUCAACAACAACAACGACGACAACGUCUCCGACACCAACACCACUAGCAUCUUCAACAACCACAACGACGACGACAACCUCAACAUUGCCUUCGGCUAUAACAACGAAAGUGGAAGAGAUUUACAAUGUGAUACACAGUACCACCACUGAGUUAAUACAAACAACAACACAACAAUUAUUAACGGAAACUGAAGAAGAAGAAUCAUCAACAUCAUCAUCCUCCUCCACCACCACAUAUCCCUCCUCCAGCACCUCGUAUAUCACAGAAAUGAUACCCGAUACCACCACACCCUCUACAAAAAUUAUAGAAACCGCUGAUAUUGGCAAAUCCCUACCCACACUCACUUCCAUUAUGGGUGGCAAUAGUGGUAAUAUGUAUCCCAAAAAUUCGGAAGCUUCCGGUGAAACUGAUGUUAAUGUCAUCAUUGCCAUAACAGUAAGUGUUAUAGGUGUUAUUGCGCUCAUUUUGCUGGUGGGCUUCCUUUAUCUCAUGCGUAAACGUCAAAAGCAAAAUUCCUAUCCCAAUCGUUGUCGUCCGGUUAGCAUGGAUGAAUUUACCAUAGACAACGCCUCGGUGGGUGGUAGUAUGCGUAAGAGUAGUGCUUUACGUUCCUCCAAACGUACUUAUGGCAAUUUAGCAUUCGAUGAUCCCUCGCUGCGUCAUAAUCCCAUGGGUGUACAUGAAUUGGCGAAAUUUGCUCAGGAGAAAUUGCGUAUAUUUGAGGAAUUCCGUGAUGUACCACAAAUAACUUCGAGAUUGGAUGAAGUACCGCCAGGCUGUGAGGAUAAGAAUAGAUAUGCGAAUGUAUUGCCGCUUCCUGAAACGCGUGUCAUAUUGCAGCGUCUUAACGAUGAUGAAAAAACGGAAUAUAUCAACGCCAAUUAUGUCACAGGUCCCAAAGAUUCUCCCAACUAUUACAUAGCCUGCCAAGCACCCCUAGAAUCUACCGUUGAAGAUUUCUGGCGCAUGAUUUGGGAACAACAGUCACGUGUUAUCAUCCAAGCCACCGAUCUUAUAGAAAAUGGUGUUGAGAAAUGUGCUGAAUAUCUACCGCCCUCGGUGACGCUGGAUAAUCACUCCAGCUUUGGUGACUUCCAAAUAACAUUACAAAAUCGUGAGGUUAAAGAUAAAUAUGCCAUUUCGACAAUACUGCUGAAAAAUGUUAAUGAAAAUGCCAGUCGAGAGUUGACGCAUUAUUGGUAUAAAUGGCCCGAAGUGGGCGUGCCGGCAGAAGAAGCUCCCAUUAUUGCUAUGCUUUUGGAAGCGAGAUCAUCUCUUAUUAGUUAUGCCAUUGAACAGGCCAAUGAGGAUAAGGAGAAAUCCUCUAUGGCUACCCUCAAAUCAGCUGAAGAGGGCACGGUAUCCAAUAAUGGUUCAACUAUGUCUCCCAAUUCGAAUGGCAGCAGUGCUAAUGGUAGUACGGGUGAAAUUAAUGGUAAUAUAUCGAUGGUGCCUAUUAAAAAGACUGCUAGAAAUCAGGGUCCCUUAACUAUUCACUGCUCUCCAGGUACUGGACGUACAGGCACAAUAAUUGCCUGUGACAUAGCAAUAAGAAGUUUGGAAACGCCCAAACGUACAGUAGACAUACCACAAAUUGUCUAUUAUGUGAGAAGGGGACGGGCCAGUGCGGUACUAACCAAGGAACAAUACGAAUUUAUAUAUAAAGUUGCCAAUAUGUAUGCAGCUAAAAUAACAAAUCCCACAAACUAUAAUUAAAUGAAAAAAAAUCCGCUUUAAAACAAGUGCCUUGUUUUGGGAAAAAAUAUAAACAAGUUAAAGUAACAAAUUGAAAAUUUAAAACACUCAUUACAAGUAACCAAUUUUAGUCAUUAUAAUUAUUAUUAUUUUUAUUAAUUAAUAAAUAUUAUUUAAAUAUAAUAAAAUGUUAUUAUGAUUUUUAAAAAAAUUUUGUUUCCUAACAAAAUACAAAAACACAGUAAGCAGCUUUAUGAACUAAAAAUCAAGUUUUUUUAAUAAUUAUUUAUUUAUCUAUGUAUUAUUCUUUUUGUUUUUUUAAUAAUUUGCUUUAAAAAGAAAAUGUUGCUUUUUUUCUAGCAGCAUUUGGAAAAUUUUUUUGUUAUGUAUUAAAUUCCUCUUUUUUGUGAUAUUAUAAUUAUUAAAUUAAUAAAGAAAAACCUAAAAAUGAAACUUUAAUUUCUUGUACAUUUAUUGUAAACUAUUAUAUUCCAUUAUUAUUUAAGUAUUAAAUAAAUAAAUUAAUGGUUUUUGUAAAUAUCAAUUUUAUGUAUAAAUAAUUUAGUAAAUAUUGUUUAUAUUUUAAUUUAGAAAAAAAAGAAAACAUUUAAGGCAUUCACUUUACCAGGUAAAUUACUAAAAUUAUAUGUUUAAAUUGAAAGUAUACUGACAGUGUUUAAAAGCCUUACAAGUAUAUUUUGUUUAUAAUUGUUUAGUAAAUUUAUGUAAAAAUUGUGAAUCUCGAAAAAAUAUUAGCAACAUUGUAUACAUUUGUAUAAAACAAAUAAAAAAAAUUAAUAGAAAUUUAAUUUGUAAUUUGUAUUAU